AUGGCUUCUUUGCUUCAUCCAACUUCAACUGCAAUCUGUUUCUUCCAUCCCUUCAAACCCACCCUUUCACCAAACAACUUUUCUUUCUUAACUAACACUAACACUAAUCGUUUCAACACUAACUCUAGUACAAAGUGUAAUGCAUUUUUGGACAAUGUUGUUGAUGUCCACCACUUUCCUUCUAUCGUCCAAUCAGGAAUACUCGAGUUUCAAGAAUUACCAGAUAUGCAAAGAUGGGAGUUUCUUGUGUUUGGUGGCCUUAUAUGGAUUUACUUAACUUCAAGACCUGGUGUUCUUAUUGGUGCCAUUGAUGCUUACCUUCUCGCCCCUCUUCAACUUGGUUUGGAUAAUCUAUCUGGAAAGAGAAACUUGAAGACACGUGAUUUUCUUGUUGGAGAUAAAAUUGGUGAAGGGUCUUUUGGUGUUGUUUAUUCUGGUCUUUUGGUCCCAAAGAAUGUGCUUGAUGGAGACUUGAACAACAAGGGAAGAUCCAAGGCAGCACUGUUAGAUCCCAGAUCUAAGGAUAAAGUCAUUCUUAAAAAGGUUAAGGUUGAAAUUCGAGGGGCUGAGGAAUUUGCUGAAUUUGAGGAAUGGUUUAAUUACAGGCUAUCUCGAGCAGCACCUGAAACAUGUGCUGAGUUUCUCGGAAGUUUUGUAGCUGAUAAAACUAACUCAAAGUUCACAAAAGGUGGAAAAUGGCUUGUUUGGAAAUUUGAGGGAGAUCUUACACUUGCUGAUUACAUCAAGGGGCGUAGCUUCCCUUCAAACUUAGAAUCUCUCAUGUUUGGACGUGUCUUGGAAGGCAUUGUUCAUAGAGAUAUAAAGCCAGCCAACUUAGUGGUCACUAAACGGGGGCAGAUUAAACUUAUUGAUUUUGGUGCAGCAACAGACCUUCGGAUUGGAAAGAAUUAUGUUCCUGACCGCACCCUUUUGGAUCCCGAUUAUUGUCCACCAGAACUAUAUGUACUCCCAGAAGAAACACCAAGUCCUCCACCAGCGCCAAUUGCCGCUUUCUUUUCACCAAUCCUAUGGCAGUUAAACAGCCCUGAUCUGUUUGAUAUGUAUUCUGCUGGGAUUGUACUUCUGCAAAUGGCAAUACCAACUUUAAGGUCACCUGCUGCUUUGAAGAAUUUCAAUUUGGAAAUAAAAAACUGUGGUUAUGAUUUGAAAAAAUGGAGGGAGUAUACUCGCCUGAGGCCCGACUUCCAAAUUCUUGAUAGUGAAUCUGGUAGAGGUUGGGACUUAGCAACAAAGCUUAUCUCUGAGAGAGGUCUCUUGAGAAGAGGACGUUUAUCUGCUGCUUCAGCUUUGAGACAUCCUUAUUUUCUUCUGGGAGGUGAUCAGGCAGCUGCCGUUCUUUCAAAAUUAAGCCUAAGUAGAAAGUGA